AUGUCCAAAAUGCCAUCGAAAGGGGGUCGCUACAGCUCGAGUCUCCCUUGGAUUAUGAACCUAGGAUUUCUCUACUUAAGUUUUAUAACCCUUGCCUACGGCGCUCCUACCUCCGACUUCGAUCUCGAACUUCCAUCUCGACCUAAUACCGAAACAGAGCUGCUCUAUGCACUCAACCGGCAAGAUGAACUUGACGACCGGACGUCUAUGGUUAAACGAGGGAGUAAUCCGACUUUAUAUGCCAAUGGGUGGCUUAUAGGCCGAGAUUCAUAUGGCAACACGAUCUAUGCAUUUGGUUCAAACGAAAAUUCUUUAGCAAAAGGAAUCGUCACAGUUGGCAAGAAAAUUGCUGCCGGAGGCGAAGCGACGGUGUUGCAAGCCUCACUGUUGACAUUCAGCAGGCCGCGAGAAGUCAGACAGAACACGGCAAGCCGAAACUGGGGUGGACAUCCCGUCGGAAAUGAACGAGUCCAGCAAAACCUCGUUGCAAAAGAUUCGUAUAUAGCGCUUGCAUACAAGAGCGUGCAUAUAAUGGAAAAGCUCGAACCGAGCAAGACCGUUCCCCGUGUGUACAAGGCUCUCUUGCUUCCUCCGGAUGAGGAAUACUGCGGGGACAAUGCGGAGAAUGGGUCACUCGUCGUUAUGGAGAAACUGGAUAAGGAUGCGGUAGCUAUGUUGAGGAGGUAUAUCGCCGCACGAGCGACGCAUGGUCCCCGAUACAAGCUCUUCAAUCGUCUCAUCAUGAUGCAACAAUUCGUGAAGGGAUUGAACUAUGCUCAUGACCUAGGAAUUGCCCACAAUGAUGCCCAUCUAAGGAAUCUGAUGGCGACUUUUCAACCUAACCAGUGGAAGAUUAUUGAUUGGGAUUUUUCGACCGAUUUUGGUGGGAAACCAGGUAAGACUCAAAUCACUUAG